AAACAGCUCCAGCCGCAGCCGGACUCUCUCUCUCACUCUUACCUGGGGCAAUGGGCCCUGGGACUCGGUCCUCACCAUCGCCGCCGUCGCCGCUGCUGCUGUCCCUGCUGCCGCUGCUGCUGCUGCUGUCCCCGACCGUGCGGGGUGACUGCGGCCCACCUCCAGAAAUACCUAAUGCCACGCCAGAGGUGGAUGGAAAAACCAGUUUUCCCGAACAAAGCUUUGUGGUAUAUUCAUGUAAUAAAGACUAUCGAAAAAUUCCAGGCAAGCAAGACACAGUGUCCUGUCAAAAUGAUCAAUGGUCGAGUCUGGACACAUUCUGUAAUAAAAGCUGCAGUGCUCCAACAAGAGUGACUUUUGCAUCCCUCAAAACGGAAUAUAUCAAUGUGAAUUAUUUCCCGAUUGGUAGCACUGUGCAAUAUGAGUGUCGGCCAGGAUAUCAAAGAGUACCUUCACUGUCAGUUAAAUCAACUUGCCUUGAUAAUUUAGAAUGGUCCACAGUUGCUGAAUUUUGUAAAAGAAAAUCAUGUCCUAAUCCUGGAGACUUGCAAAAUGGUAAUAUCAACAUACCAACGGACAUAUUAUUUGGUUCAGGAAUAUAUUUCUCAUGCAACACAGGGUACAAGCUAGUUGGUGUAGACUCUGUCUUCUGUUACGUUACGGAAAAGACUGUCGAAUGGAGUGACCAAUUCCCAGAGUGCAUAGAAAUUCUUUGUCCAGAUCCACCACAAAUUAAGAAUGGAGAAAUGCAAGGAGAAAGUAAAACUUACGUCUAUAGACAAUCUGUCACCUAUUCAUGUGCCACAGGCUUCGUCCUGGUUGGAAACAGUUCCAUUUAUUGUACCGUGAAUGGUGAUCAGGGAGAAUGGAGCGGCCCAGCACCCCAGUGCACAGAGAAACCCAAGAUCACAACAACAACUCGGAAAUCAAUAACAGUUACUGUUCCAACUACAAGAGUUCCAUCAACGUCUCUAAAACCAACCACAGGUACAAGAGGUCCACCAUUACCUCAGAAACCCACUACAGUUAAUGUUCCAGGUACAAGAGGUCCUCCAACAUCUCAGAAACCUACUACAGUCAAUAUUACAGCAACACAGCGUGUGCCUGAUAACGAGACAACCACACAUCAUCCAACAGGAACAUCUGAAAAGAAAGAAAGGUCUACCUCAGGUGAUGACCGUCUUAUAUAUGGUAAGUUUGACUCACAGGGAGUUAAAAGAAAUUACCAUCACUAUGGGAGGCCUAAUCAGUAUUUCUGGAAGAGAAUGUUAUCUUUUAACUGUCUGAGGAAAACUAUAAAGAUGCGGUGUCUAUGGGCACCCAAGGGAAGAUGGGUCCAUGCAUUUUACCAGCAUGUUUUGUGGACACCGUUAGGCACCCGGUAUGCUCCAUCAUAUUCCCAGCAGUGUUCUUGUUCUAAGGAAGCCAUAGGACAGCUUCAGAUCAUUUGGCCAGUCAGUCAGGUAGCACUGACUGCCCAGUGUGUCAGUAUGCUGUCUUAGGGACAGAAGAAGCAUAAAAGCAGCUGUCAAUACAGUUUCUAUCCAAAGAGCUGUGUAAUUAACUGGCUCUUGUUUUAAGCUCUUGAUCUAAAUCUCCAGUUUUAGAUCUCUGUUACAGUCCAGAUGUGGCAGGGCUCAUUCUUGAUGACAGCUCCCUCCACCUCUAAUAAUCGUUUUCAGCAAAGUUCUCUUAAAAUAUAUUCUGUCCUGGGUGGUAGCGCACGCCCUUAAACCCAGCACUCGGGAGGCAGGGGCAGACGG